CUCCGCUGUAGGAACGUUCUCCCGGUGGAACGCCGAGCAGCAGCCCCACGCACCCAGCGUUUUGUGGGUGGAACUCUCCGCUGUAGGAACGUUCUCCCGGUGGAACGCCGAGCAGCAGCCCCACGCACCCCGCGUUUUGUGGGUGGAACUCUCCGCUGUAGGAACGUUCUCCCGGUGGAACGCCGAGCAGCAGCCCCACGCACCCAGCGUUUUGUGGGUGGAACUCUCCGUUGUAGGAACGUUCUCCCGGUGGAACGCCGAGCAGCACCCCCGCGCCACCAGCGUUCUGUGGGUGGAACCCUCCGCCGUACGAACGUUCUCCCGGUGGAACGCCGAGCAGCAGCCCCGCGCCACUAGCGUUCUGCGGGCAGAAUCCGAAGCAGCAGCCCCCAAUGUAAACGCGUUCCACCGCGGGGGACAGAGGAGCAAGGCCCAGGGAGUGGCUGACCGAGUGGCUGAUAGGAGGCGCUACACCGCCCACCACCCUUGGCUCGGCUCCUCCUCCCCGCCGCCCGGCCUGCUGUUGACAAACCGGGUGCGGGGAGAGUGCCGCUGGGCAUCGGCUGCUGGCGCUCCGGGAGCCCUUCGCCCGGCAGCUGUCAGCGCCCAGCCGCGAGCGGGGCGAGCCAGAGAGGGGCAGGGCACUCCGCCGAGCUCAUGUGGCAAACGUUGGCGAUCGCGUCGGUGUUUUUCCCGGGUCUCUUCGCUCUGUCCGUUCGGAGUCUCGGCUGGGCUGCCCCGGCAUGGAGCCUCAAGGACCGGAUCCUCCUCAGCAGCAGGAUGGUGUCUUCUGUUCAAGCUACCAUGGCUACUGUUUCUGGGAUCAUUGUUGUCCUUAAUUGCAAGGAUGUGGUACAUGACAGGUACUGGCUCGCAGUAGAGUAUGUUUGGGUCAUCGUCCCAUACAUGAUCUACGACAUAUACAUCAUGUACCUCUGCCAUUGGCACAAAAGCAAAGACACCUCGGAGAAGAAGCAUUCGCUGGCCAGCGUGAGGAGCUUCCUGGAAAAGGAUCGCCUCAUGGUGACGCACCAUCUCUUCAUUCUUGUCAUCCUCACACCCGUUGCACAGUACCUCAGAGGAGAGCUUGGAGAUUUCUUUGUUGGUUGCAUCUUUGUGGCGGAACUGAGCACUCCGUUCGUGUCACUGGGCAAAAUCCUGAUGCAGCUAAAAAUGCAGGACACGCUCCUGCACAAGGUGAAUGGGAUUCUCAUCCUGGUGACAUUCUUCCUCUGCCGGAUCGUCCUCUUCCCAUUCAUGUACUGGGCCUACGCCAGGCAAAUGGGGAUUCCGAUCUACAUGGUGCCUUUCCACAUCCCCAUGCACUGCAACGUGGCCAAUGCCUCUCUCAUCGCCCCACAGCUCUACUGGUUCGUGCUGAUCUGCAGGAAAGCUGUCCGACUCUACAGCAGUUCGCCGUCUGCCAAGAAUAGAUAAUCGCCGGCAGAGGCUGCAGACCACAAGGUUUGAGACUAAGCCAGCAUCAUGGCUCUUCUCCCAGCUGCCUUGCCAUUAAAAUCAGUGUUGUAGGUACCAGGUUGGGACUGGAACAUUGUUGCCCAUUAGUAUUAGGAGGCUCUUUUACUUUAAAGCAGCUGUGUUGUCCCUGCUGCAGUUCAGGGAAGCAGCACCGGCCUGUUACAGAAGGACUUUCUUUCUGUAACACUCAAGUGUCCUGUGUCCUUCUGUCUGCGGGAGAACCUGGCUAGUGGGAGGGUUAUGUAGUUGAAGCACUACAGAGCCUCGCUGUGGUCAGACUCUCUAGCUAUUGGUCAAUGAAAUGCUAAAGAGGACAGAGGGGAGGCAAGAGGGUUGGUCAUAAAUAUUCUGGUCAAUUAAUAGAUGAAAUUGGCGUUGAAAGAUAUGGCACAGACCCAGACCUGGCAGAAGUGGGUGCAACGCCCACAGAAGACUCUGGGCCAAAUUCAGUGCUGGAUGUAACCUAUGGGGGGUCACUGGUGUGAUCUGACCAUCUGUAGUUGUGGAAAACCAGUGUGUCAUACAUACUGAGGGGCAGGUUCACCUCACUCAGGUUCUGAGUUAUUCUGAUUUACACCCUUCCAGCUCAGAGCAGAAUCUGGCCCUCAGGAAACAGAAAAGGGGGUGAUGUUCUGAACUGUCUGCUCCCCUUACACUGCUCUUGUGCAAUGGCUGAAUUUGGUCCAUUGCCUCUGGGGAAGUUUCUAGUUGCUGCUAAGCACGGGUUUGUCCCUUGGCCACACUCCAUACAGACCUAAGUGCAGUGUUUCCCCAGGUCUGUGAUUACCCAACCCACUAAUUCAGCCCUGGUGAAAAGAACCAGAGAGAAGAAACUGGAGCUAGGAAUUAUAGGUGAAAUGCAACAAGCUGCUGAAGGUGGCAGCACCAGAACAGUAGUCACUGACUGACACCCCUAGUCUAAUCCUAUGCCCACUUACACCAAUGCUGACUUGGGCCCACAGUAUCUGCUGCACUAAUUGUUUCCCCUGACCCUGCUUAGUACCACACCCUCUGCAAGACCAGCCCCAGACUGCAACACUUUGCUUAAGGCCGAGAACCAGAUCUUUCUUUAUAACCGUGGACUAAAGACCCUAGCAGGUGCACAAGCAAAACGCCAACCACUCUGAGCACACACCCCUGAUGGACAAUCACCAUAUGCACAAAAAACACCAGGACAGUCCCCGGCUCUUUGUAACCUUUGGUGCCAGCACUGACGGGCUGCAUUCGUCCCUGGAGAAUAACUCCACAGAAGUGAGUAGCUCCACCAGGGACGAACCUGGCCCUUACCUAUCUGUGGAGCAGGGAGUUUACAAAAGGAUAAGCUGCCUUGUAGCUUUUAUUCAGCCGCUGGGGAAGAGCCGAAGACUGUGUUUGAAAGUACUUAGCUCUCCGAAUCCCAGUUCCUUCAGGCAUCAGGCCUUACCCUGGACGUAAUCACAUGUUCCUGGAAGAAUAAAGGAAUUGGCUCUUUCCAAGCUUCGUUCUAACAACGCGUCAUUGCAAUGACUGUCAGAUUAGUAACGUGUUUUGUUUUUAUUAUUAUUAUGAACUACACAGGCCAGUCAGAUGGGUGGGUUUCCACUUUGUAACAUGCUCUCAGUGUUGCAGGCAUUUUUAUCUUGCUGUUUUUGUUACAAAUAAUUUGCCGUAUGUAACGGAAAGGAAAAAAGCCCUUGAGGCAUUUUAAAGUUUGCACUAACAUUGCCCCUACUCACUACUAUGCCUGUUGGAAGAGAGACCAAUAAAGACCUCUUUUCAGAGCCA